AUGGAGAAUGCCUUCACAAGGACGCCUGCUGAGGCGCUGAAGCACUUUGGCGUGACCGAGCAGAAGGGUCUGUCGGAGCAGCAGGUGCAGAGCGCAAGGCAGAAGUACGGGAAAAAUGCGCUUCCCGAGGAUCCUCCAACACCGAUAUGGGAGCUCAUCCUCGAGCAGUUCAAGGACCAGCUAGUCAUCAUCUUGCUAGGCAGCGCCGCCGUGAGCUUCGUGCUUGCGCUCUUCGAAGGGGGUGAUGAUUGGACCGCCUUUGUCGACCCUGCAGUUAUUCUCACUAUCCUGAUUUUGAACGCCGUCGUUGGCGUAUCGCAGGAGACGAGCGCCGAAAAAGCCAUUGCCGCCCUUCAAGAGUACUCCGCAAACGAAGCGAAGGUCGUCCGCGAUGGAAAGAUUACGCGCAUAAAGGCUGACGAUUUGGUCCCGGGCGAUAUUAUCUCAGUUGCAAUUGGCGACAGAAUUCCCGCAGACUGCAGGGUAUUGUCCAUUCAGAGCAACAGCUUCAACAUUGAUCAAUCCAUCCUUACUGGCGAGAGUGAGAGCGUAUCCAAGGACACCAGGCCCAUCAAGGACGAGAGUGCUGUCAAACAGGAUCAGAUCAACAUGCUUUUCUCAGGGACAACCGUCGUUACCGGACAUGCCAAUGCGCUUGUCGUUCUCACCGGCGCAAACACUGCCAUUGGAGACAUCCAUGAGAGUAUCACGUCGCAGAUCUCGCAGCCUACGCCUCUAAAAGAGAAGCUGAACGACUUCGGAGACAUGUUGGCCAAGGUCAUUACGGCUAUCUGUGCUCUGGUCUGGCUCAUCAACAUCCGCAACUUCAAUGACCCAUCGCACGGCGGUUUCACAAAGGGUGCCAUCUACUACCUCAAAAUCGCCGUUUCUCUUGGCGUCGCUGCUAUCCCCGAAGGUCUUGCUGUCGUCAUUACUACCUGUCUCGCUCUUGGAACGCGCAAAAUGGCAGCAAGAAACGCCGUUGUCCGAAGCCUUCCCUCUGUGGAGACGCUCGGAAGCUGCAGUGUAAUUUGCUCCGACAAGACCGGUACCUUGACUACCAAUCAAAUGAGCGUCAACAAGAUAGUCUUCAUCACUGAGGACGGCAAGGGCUUGGAAGAGUUCGAUGUCGAGGGAACCAGUUUCGCCCCCGAAGGUCGAAUCACCAUCCAAGGUCAAAGUCGGGAUGAUUUAGCUGCCUCGUCCGAUACUGUUCGCCAAAUAUGUGAAGUCACCGCGCUCUGCAACGAUUCGGCUAUUUCUUUGGACCCCAAGAGCGGACAACAUGCCUUGGUUGGUGAACCGACCGAAGGCGCGUUGCGCGUUCUGGUUGAGAAGGUCGGAACACCUGAUCGCGAAUUCAACGCAACCCGUGCAUCUGUCUCUACAUCUGAGCGUCUCCAUCGCGCGAGCAAAUAUUAUGAAGAACGCUACCCUCGACAAGCGACCUAUGAGUUCUCACGCGACCGUAAAAGCAUGUCCGUCUUGGUGCAAAACUCCCACUCUCAAAAAUUAUUGGUCAAGGGAGCCCCAGAAUCCAUCCUGGAUCGAUGCACGCACGUCAUUGUUGGCGAGAAUGGGAAAAAGGUACCACUGAACAAGCAAAUGGCAGGCCUACUUGCCAAAGAAGUCGUCGACUAUGGUAAGAAAGGAUUGCGUAUCUUAGCUCUGGCGUCUGUGGACGACAUCGGUUCGAACCCUCUCCUGAAGGGCGCCAAGACCACACAAGACUAUGCGAAACUGGAGCAGAACAUGACUCUGAUUGGUCUUGUUGGCAUGUUGGAUCCUCCACGUCCUGAAGUCCGGGCCUCGAUUGCGAAAUGCCGCUCAGCUGGUAUUCGCGUCAUUGUGAUUACGGGAGACAACCAAAACACCGCCGAAACUAUAUGCCGCCAAAUCGGUGUUUUUGGUCAGAACGAAGAUACCACUGGCAAGAGCUACACCGGUCGCGAGUUCGAUGAUCUGAAUGAGACUGAGAAAAUGGAGGCUGCUAAACGAGCUUCUCUCUUCUCUCGUGUCGAACCCACCCACAAGCAGAAACUGGUCGAUCUCCUUCAACAGGCUGGCGAAGUCGUUGCCAUGACUGGCGACGGCGUCAACGAUGCUCCGGCCCUCAAGAAAGCUGACAUUGGCGUUGCCAUGGGUUCUGGAACCGAUGUCGCCAAACUCGCCGCUGAUAUGGUCUUGGUAGAUGAUAAUUUCGCCACCAUCGAGGGUGCCGUUGAGGAAGGUCGGUCCAUUUACAACAACACGCAACAGUUCAUCAGAUAUCUCAUCUCCUCGAACAUUGGCGAAGUUGUUUCCAUCUUCCUCACGGCUGCCGCUGGUAUGCCCGAAGCACUCAUCCCUGUCCAGCUCCUUUGGGUCAACCUCGUUACGGACGGUCUGCCCGCCACUGCACUUUCUUUCAACCCACCGGAUCACGAUGUCAUGAAGAGGCGACCCCCGCAAGCGUGA